AUGUUCGAGAUUGUAGAGGGUAAUGCAGAUGUAGUGUCAUACAGCAUGUUCGGAAAUGAGGACUGCUCAGAAGAUACUUUGUUGUUUGCUACUGAGUACAACGUUAAUGUGUGCUCUAACGGAACGUCUCUUCGCGGCGAAAAAUACAUAACUCUACUCUCUAUCACUGAAAAUUCACCGGUCACACCUAAUGAAAGUUCAUCGGCCACACCUAAUGAAAGUUCAUCGGUCACACAUAAUGAAGGUUCAUCGACCACAUCUAGUGAAAGUCUAUGGGAGACAUUUUCUGAAAGUUCAUCGGAUACACCUAGUGAAAGUCUAUGGGAGACAUUUUCUGAAAGUUCAUCAGAUACACCUAGUGAAAGUGUAUCAGAUACAUAUACUGCAAAUCUUCCGGAUACACCUAGUGAAGGUCCAUCGGAUACACCGACUGCAUCUCCAUCGGCUACACCUAGUGCAUCUCCGUCAACUACUGCACCUCCAUCGGCUAUACCUAGUGUAUCUCCGUCAACUACACCUAGUGUAGAAUCGUCUUCUUCUGACGACGCAACAACUACCACUAGCACCGACUCACAACCGUCCACCACUAUCAGCGAGGAAGAAACUUCCACUACCGGGGUGUCUUCGCCAUUGCCGACAUCGACACUCGGGGUCACUGAUGAAGAUCCAGAAGGUCGUGUGUGUCCCGACGAGGAACCAGAUUGCAAUGGUGCUAGCAUUGGGAAUUUGUCGGUCAUUCUGAGCAUUUGUGCAAUGCUCCUCGCAAUAGCAGCUCAGUGGUGA